CAACGAAUCUUCUCUAUCCUGAUAACAAUUGCCGUCGCCUGUCAGUGUACAAACUAAAAUUAGUGUACCUCCAUAGUAUUUACUGUACGGCGUACGCUUGUACAGCAAUUUUUUUCAACACUUCCAUAAGAUCUAAGUAGUAGGUAUAUAAUUUAUUAUUUCUCAGCGCGGGUUGUGAUCUCAAAACAGUGGGGUUUGAUUCAUAUAAAUAGUGGAGAACGCACCUGCCCUGUACUCACUCAAACUGGUGUGGACAACAAAUAAAGCCCUAUGUUUAAGUUACAAUACCUUAGGUUGCGAUCGCGGUACAUGCUUUUCUGCUUUAUCGCCGUCUUUUCGUUCAGCAUAAUGUUCCUAAUGUUUCAAAACAGUCUGAGUCGACCGGCUAUAGAGACCCUGGUCACUGAAACGCACAAGCAGAUUAACAACUUUAAAAACUUCAAAGACAAUUUGAAGGUGGCCGAACAAAAGGAAUUGGUUGUUAACGAAGACUAUCUGUAUGCAUUGGGUUUUGUUCCAAAACCGGCCAUUUAUCCAGACUCGUCUUGGAAGAACACUACUCUUCCCAUUGUAGUCACAUAUGUGUUGGAUGGGGAACACAGUCAAGCUAUUGGGCUUGUGACUUGUGUGGCCAAGUACUUGCCUGACCGAGCAAUACUUGUUUACAAUCUGGGAAUAUCUGACUACCAACUUAUCCUGAUGCAAUCGUUUUGUAAUAACAACACUCGGUGCACAAUUGUUGAUUUUGAUCUGUCAAAAUUUCCAUCUCAUGUAAGUCGUACACAUAUCAAAGCGUAUCGGCCUCUUGUGUUACAGGAUGCAUUGAAUCAUGCUGGUGCGGUGAUGUUUCUCGAUCCAAAUGUUCGGAUUAUAUCUCCAAAUGUUUCAAAACUUUUCACUAUCUACAGCAACAAAUCAAUAGUCGGUUGGGAGACAAGAAUGGCCACAACAACACUUACACACCCGAAAAUGUUUGAUUAUUUUCGAACACCUGCAGAAAAUUUUUUCUUCCUUCCCUUGGUCCUAGUCAACAAACUGAUUGUGUAUAAUACUCUUGACAUGCAUCAAGACAUCAUGUUGCCGUGGAUUCAAUGUGCCCUCAUCAGUGAAUGCAUAUCCCCCAUAGGGGCGCAAACCAAAGGAUGUAGAUAUGACAAGAAACCACAGUACAGAUAUUCAAGUUGUCAUGGGUAUGACGUGUCAGCAUUCAACAUUGUGUUAGGUAUACACUAUCAGUUUGAUAGUACACCUUAUGUCAUCAAAGAAAAUGAGGAUGAUUUUUUUACUCAAGUUUCCACGAGUGAAGCUCAAAAAGAUCUACAAAACUUGAUUUUGAACAUAACAGACACUCCAGCAGUGACGUAAUUGAAUACACCCAUUAAGUACUCAUCUAAAUGAUCUUAAUCCGUUAUAUAACUUAGUUAACGGAUAAACCUUGACCAAAAAUUAUUUUAAAUCCUAUAUAUUUUAAUACUGUGGUAAUUGAACAUUAGAUUUCCAAAAUGUUCUACAUAAUAUCUAUAUUUAUAUUUAAAACAUCAUAUUAUGAUUAAUCAAGAUCAUUGAAUAUUAAAAUUAACAGUGAAAACCUAUUUACAUUGGACAAUCGUUGGCAUUAAAAAAAUCUAUUCGCUAUACACUGUUAUUGAGGGAAUAAAAUAUAUACAUUUAAUGUGAUAAUUUAGAAUGUGUAGGGUAUCAGAGGUUUUUGCUGUUUAGAAGUAACUAAAAGAUUUUCAGCAUUAUUACUUACUUACUUACUAUUUAUACAUGUAGAUAUAAGUUCUCAAAACAGUUAAAUUCUCUUCACUCUUUAAAGUAUCAAUUGUUGCAUUUACAUUACUUAUAUUAAUUAAAAAUUGUAUUGACAUGGUACAAAGUUGAUAUUAUUUAAGAAGGAAUAUUUGUUACCUAACCAUUAUUGAUGUAUGAUUGUUGUAUAAUAUGUAACAUUGUUUUGUUAAUACUAUUAGGGUUGCCAUGUUUUGAAUGAUCAUAAUUGCUUUAUUAUAUACACCAAACUUAAAAACUGGAAGUUGCUACUUCAAAAGAUACUACUUGGAUCAUACAUGGUUAUAGGAGAUCCAAACAUUUUGGCAAUUCCUGACAUUUAUUAUAUAAUAGUAUUUAAGUGUUAAAUAAUUAUUUAGUUUUUUU